CAGGUGUUGGGGCGAGACCAAUCAUAGCCCGCGUCCCACCCGCGACACCUGUGCUCCCUGACGCGUGUCCCUUGUGCGUCUUGUAUAAAACCAGCCUGCUUGCCGCCGUGGUCUACUCGCACCGCGCCGAGAAAGUAGCACUCAGUGUGUGUAGCUGAGACUAGUCGCAGCCGUUCUGCUUUGCUUGUUCCGCGGAGGGGUGCGGUCUGCAGUGUAUGAUGGAGAGGAAGGGAGGGUGCUGCUUGGCGCCGAGGUACGCAGCCGGGGCCCAGGCAGGCCAGGCGUGGCACUUGGGAAAGGUCGUGUUGAAGUUUAGGCCCAUCGCGCCAAAGCCGGCGGCGAUGGCGCCUGCGCCGGUUACGCCUGCGCCGGUUACGCCCGUGCCGGCUGGGAAGGAGAAGCGGAAGCGGAAGGCGGUUGCAGGGCCAGGGGGUACUGGGAGGAGGGGACGAAAGCCCAAGAAGUCAGCCGCUGUGGCUGUGGCCGCGGCUGCGGCUGCGUCGACGACGCAAAAGUUGGACUACGUGCAGGACAAGCCUUUGUCCUCGCCGUCGUCCUCCUCGUCGGGGACGACGUCCGUCAGCUCGCCGCCUCCUCCACCGCUGCCUGCAACUCUGGCGCUCAUGCCUGUGCUGCCGGCACAGGAGGGGUUCGGUGGGGCGGCGCCGGUGGCGAAUCUGGCGCCUGCCCACGUUGCCAGACUGGUCCUGCCGCCGCAGGCCCUGCGGCAACCGGUGCCCUGGGUGACGGUUGAGGACGUUACAGGCAUCUGGCGCCACGGCGAGGAGCCGUACGCUGCGGUCUGCGGCGGCGAAGAGGCCCCAACGUUCGUGUCCGACCAGUGCGGCCGCGUCACGUGGACCAACGUGGCUUUCAACCGGACAGUGUCCGGUAGGGAGGACGACGACGCGGCCAUGGCACCGUCGGCGGCUGCUUCCGAGGUGCGGGUGGUGCUCGCCGCCAAGGAUGGCACCCCCGUGCCGGCGUGGGGUUCCUGUGCCGGUUUCACCUGUCGGGUGCGCGUCCCGUACGCCUGCCCUCGCCGAGGUUCCCUCGUGGCCCCGUGCGACGUGUGGCGGCUAGACGCUGGCGGCUACCUCUGGCGGCUCGACCUUCAGGCCACCCUCAGCCUCUCCCUCGGCGGCUUCAUUUGACUCAGGAGGCAAGCGCGUAACUACGUACGCAUUCCUUCUACGGAGGCGUAUGAACCAGCCAAAUCAUGUGUUAGUCUGCCUUUGAUACUGCUAUUAAUUUGGCAAUAAUAAUGUUAGACCUACAAAAGUUUACAAAGGUUUAGAAUAGUUUACCAAGAUGCAAGUGACAGGAGAUUUGUUUUUAACAGUGGAAGGGUCCCAAGGACCUAGACUCAAAUUAGAGCAUUUAUAGCCAAACAAUAAUAACGCGUUUGAUUGCUCGUACCUUUA